AUGGCAGCUCCCUUCCCCGACGGCCAACCCGGCAAGUCUGCCAGUCCCCUCCAGCGUCUCGACCUCGACGGCCACAACCUCCCGCCCUCACCGGCGCCAUCGAGUCCUCGAAACGGACGACGCCGCUAUGCUCUCGCGACAGAGCUUGUUUACACCGAGGGCAAAGACCAAUAUGGCGCUUCCAGCACGCCCAUCUACCAGUCUGCGACCUUCAAGCAGACUUCUGCCAGCGGCGGCCAGCAGGAGUACGACUACACGAGAUCUGGCAACCCUACACGCACUCACCUCGAGCGUCAUCUCGCCAAGAUCAUGAAUGCCAACCGUGCGCUGGCUGUCAGCUCCGGAAUGGGCGCUCUCGACGUCAUCUCGCGACUCCUGCGCCCUGGCGACGAGGUCAUCACGGGCGACGACCUCUACGGUGGCACCCAUCGAUUGCUCACAUACCUGGCGACCAACCAGCAGAUUGUCGUGCACCAUGUCGACACAACAGACGUCAACGCGGUCAAGGAGCGCCUGUCAGAAAAGACGACCAUGGUUCUCCUCGAGACGCCCACAAACCCUCUGAUCAAAAUCGUCGAUAUCCCAUCAAUCGCGCGGCUGGCGCACGAGGUCAAUGAAAAGGCUCUCGUGGUGGUUGACAAUACGAUGCUCUCCCCCAUGCUCUUUAACCCCCUCGACGUCGGCGCGGACAUUGUGUAUGAGUCGGGAACCAAAUAUCUCUCUGGCCAUCACGACAUCAUGGCCGGUGUGAUUGCGUGCAACGAUGCGGCAAUUGGCGACAAACUAUACUUUACCAUCAACUCGACAGGCUGCGGACUGUCACCCAACGACUCUUUCCUCCUUAUGAGGGGAGUGAAGACGCUGGCUAUUCGCAUGGAAAAGCAGCAGGCCAACGCUCAGGCAAUUGCCGAAUUUCUAGAAGCACAUGGGUUCCGAGUGCGAUACCCCGGUCUCAAGUCUCACCCGCAGUAUGACCUGCAUUGGGCCACUGCCAGAGGAGCCGGAGCAGUCUUGUCGUUUGAGACAGGCGAUCCGGCCAUCUCGCAGCGCAUCGUCGAGGCGACCCGUCUGUGGACCAUCAGCGUCAGCUUUGGGUGUGUGAACAGCCUGAUCAGCAUGCCUUGUCAGAUGAGCCACGCCAGCAUCGACGCCAAGACGCGAAGAGAACGGCAGAUGCCCGAGGAUAUCAUUCGGCUUUGUGUCGGUAUCGAAGAUGCCAGCGAUCUGAUAGACGAUCUGUCCCGUGCUCUUGUCCAAGCCGGCGCUGUGACGGUCACUCUGGACGGGUUCCACGCCAUUGAGCCCUCUCCAUCGCCAUGA